UAAGGUCAUAUUUACACUUUUUCAUUUCCGACCCAUUCUCGUCACUGGCGCUCUCUCUCUCUCUCUCUCUCUCUCUCUCUCUCUCCAUGCUUUUCGGUGACCGGUGGUGACAGGAACUUUCCGGUGGUGGUCAGGUCAGUUUUCUGUUACACAGGGAGAAUGGAAAGUAAGCAUUACUUGAAUGUCGACAAUCCUUUCAGCAAGUGUGCGUGUAAGGGAAAUCAUCUUAGAAAGAUUGAAGUUGAACAAGAGUGUAAAGUUAGGGUCCUGUCUCGUUUUUUUCAUAAAGUCGAAGAGUGUAAAGUGGAGCAUAUUCCACAGAGGGUCGUGUCUCGUUCUACGAAGAGCAUUGAAGAUUUAGAUCUGUAUAGGUAUCAGAGUGAAAAAGUGUCAAGAGAGUGUGUUAACAAGAGAGAACAUGAAGGAACGGAUUCAUAUCCUCUUCCUCCUAAGAUUCCCAAAGACUCUCGAAAGAGGCCGAAAGUUGAAAAGCCUAGGAAAUCGAAAAGAAAAACUAAACCUUUUCUUAAGGCUGAUAGAUGCAGGGAGGCUUACAAAAGGAAAACACUUGAUAAUAACUGGGUGCCUCCACCUUCUGGUUUUGAAUUCCCUCUCCUUCAAGAGCAUCAUUUCCACGAUCCAUGGAGAGUGAUAGUUAUAUGUAUGCUAUUGAACCGCACUCUAGGAAAACAGACAAAACAAGUUUUAGAUAACUUUUUCGAGUUAUGUCCAGACGCAGAAACUUGUAUGCAAGUAAAAAGAGAGGAAAUAGAAGAGGUAAUAAAGACAUUAGGUUUUCAAGUGAAAAGGUCAAGAAGUUUGCAACGCUUUUCUCGUGAAUACUUAACUGAGACUUGGACCUAUGUUACUGAACUGCACGGUGUCGGCAAGUAUGCGGCGGAUGGAUAUGCUAUGUUUUGUACAGGCAAGUGGGAUGAAGUUGUGCCAGACGAUUAUAAGCUGAAUGAAUAUUGGAAUUUCCUUCAUGAAAGACAUCCAUAAACUUAGAUUGUUAAUUAUAUAUAAUUAUCUUCCUUCAUUUCAUGGUUACAAGUAUGUUCUAACCAUAGUUGAUGAUUAUUAACAAUUUACUUAGGCUAUCUUGUUAAAACAUAAAACUGAGGUAAAAACCAAGGUCUUGGAUUUUACGGCUUUAGAAGAAUUAAAAUGAUGUGAAGUGAUAAUGGAACUGAGUUUCACCUUGAA